GGCUCAACUGGGUAGGCCGGGUAGAAAGAGUGCCUGGGAGGCUCCAAGCACUCGGGUCUUUUUGUACGAGGUCUCAGCCCCUGGUACCAUGUCCCGGGUCUCCGUGCCCUGUCAUAUCAAAGGCACUGUCGCCCUCCAAGUGGGCGACAUGAGGAGCUCGCAAGGUCGGCCUGGCGUGCUGGUCAUCGAUGUCACCUUCCCGAACGUGGCGCCUUUCGAGUUGCAGGAGAUCACAUUUAAAAAUUACUACACAGCCUUUUUGAGCGUCCGUGUUCGUCAACACACCUCCAUGCACUCACCAGCCAAGUGGGUGACCUGUCUGCGGAACUACUGUCUGAUGCCUGACCCACACAGUGAAGAGGGAGCCCAGGAUUAUGUAUCAGUGUUCAAGCACCAGAUGCUGUGUGACGUGUCGAAAGUCCUGGAGCUGCGUCUGAUUCUGCGGCAGCCAUCACCACUGUGGCUGUCUUUCACAGUGGAGGAACUGCAAAUCUACCAUCAGGGACCAAAGAGUCCCUCAGUAACCUUCCCCAAGUGGCUCUCCCACCCAGUGCCCUGUGAACAGCCUCCUCCACUCCCAGAGCAGGGUCUUCCAGACCCUAGCAGGGUUUCCUCGGAGGUGCAGCAGAUGUGGGCGCUGACAGAGAUGAUUCGGGUCAAUCACACUUCCACAAGGAUCGGCCGCUUUGACGUGGAUGGCUGUUAUGACCUGAAUUUACUUUCUUACACUUGAAUGGAAGCUCCCACCGAGGCUUGGUUUGAGCCCACCAGAGACAGAAGCAUUUUCCCUGUGUAUUUGGAGUAUUGCCUGACUGUGUGUGUUCUGUCUGGGCCACACUCACAGAUUCAAAACUCUCCAGCUCACUUAAUGGCUUCAGUAUGAGUUUCUGACGGGGUUGGGGUGUGUGUGGGGGGGGAGGUUGCCCUAUGUCUUUGUCUGGCUGCAAUGCAAUCUCUUCUCUUACCUUGAAAAUACACAAAUAAGAAUACUUACUGGUGCUGGGAAGGUGGCCUAGUGGGUAGAGUGCUUGCCUAGCAUGUAUGAAGCCCUGGGUUCGAUUCCUCAGUACUACGUACACAGA